UCAUGUUGCCUUCACGUGUUCCUUGUAAAUCUGACCUUUAAGCAGGAAGAUUUGGUUAUCUUGCACUAUACGUAGUGUUUCAGAGACUGUUUGAUUUAGAGGUUGACAGACUCAUAGCUACUUUGUGCUAACGAGGAAUACUGAUCUGAAGAAAAUGUAGGAUUGUAUUAUUGUAUUAGUGAUAUUCCUUUACGUAGUUCACUGUCUGGUCGUCUCACUUUGAAAACUCGGGCUUUACAGAAAACACUGUCCUCGUAAUAACAUCGUUGUCUAAAAGCUGUAUUUGUCCGUUAGUCCGGUCGUUUGUGAGCGUCCACACGGUCGAUGCCCGUAAUGCUCAUAUUUCCGACAACACUGUAACCGUUUGACAGGAGCAGGGUGUCCUUGGAUAGCGGGACCGAGCUCAACAACGAAAACAAGCCCCAUGCCUUAACUGAAUGUAAAGUUGUCGGUGAGUUUGAGUCCACCGUUGUCUGUGACUGGUGCUAAAACGUUCAAACGACGGAAAACCUCCGGUCCGGUCCGGUCAGGUCACCUCCCUCAGCUAACAGAGCUAGCAUGAACCUCACUUCAUGUCGCCUCGAGGAUGUGUUUGUUGUCUUUCUCUUUGAAAGACUCACAUACGGAGAACAACCCGUGGGCGUCAGUUGUGUUCAAGACAGUGUCAAGAAGUGCUAACUUAACGGUAGUUAACGGUUACGUAACAGUUACGUCAACUCACCACGUGUGUAUUAUAAGAGGUGUGAACCGUAUGAACGCCGGUGAGCUGUCACGUUCACCUGGCUGUUUACUAAAUGACCGACUAGCUGCUGAUGAGACAGCUGCCAGUAUACUCUGAGGUUAACGUUCAGAUUAAACUGCUCAACAGUCUGGUGCAGCCGAGUUCAUUAUAGGCCCUGUGUGUGUGUGGCCCCCUGAUCCCCUCAGAUAAGAGCUGAGGUUUGGGGUCAGGUCCUGGGCUAAUGUCACACAGUCCUGGUGAAGAGGGGGGUCUAUCUCCGGCUGCCCCAAACGUCAACACCCAAGACCUGUUUGACAACCCCACUCAGACUGUGGCAACAGAGAACACGCCUGAGGAUCAGGUGUCGCCUGCAGUGCAUGGGGCCUCUCCUUCUUCCACAUCAUCCUUUGAGAUGCUUGGCGUGGAGUCGGUCCCUGCUUCUUAUCAAGAAGUGCAGCCUCACUGGUUCUUCUGUCGACGGGCCGAUGACGACACCUCCUGGCUUCCUUUCAGCAGAGAAGACUCUGACAAACUAGAAAAUGCCUGCUAUCCUGUGGGAGACCAAGAGGAUGAGGUGGUGGUAGCUGUGGAUGGAGAGCGGUAUGACGUACAUGUCAAGGAGAGGAAGCGCUACGCUGUGUACUGGGAGCAAGGCCCCACUGAAGUACGCCGCUGUACCUGGUUCUAUAAAGGAGACAAAGACACCAGGUUCAUGCCUUACCCUGAGGACAUCAGCAAGAGUCUGGAGGAGGCCUAUAUGAUAGCAGUGACCUUGGACGAAUGGAAAACGAAACUGGAGUUACCCAAUGGAGAAACUAUCAUUUUACACAAUCCCAAGCUUAUAAUGCAGUAUCAGUGUAUAGGAUUGCAGGAGGAGGGGGUUCCCUCCCCCUCGUGGCAGACACAGCCUCGAACAGUCAAGAGGGGAGUGAACAACAUCUCUGUAGAAAUACCUGCCGGUGAACCAGAAAAGGUUGACCACCUUGUCUUUAUGGUCCAUGGCAUCGGCCCUGCAUGUGACUUGCGCUUCAGAUCCAUCAUACAGUGCGUAAAUGACUUCAGGAGCGCUUCAAUGUCCCUCCUGGCCUCGCAUUAUAAGCAUGCUCAGCAGGAUGGCCAAGUAGGAAGAGUUGAGUUCCUCCCAGUCAACUGGCACAGCGCUCUACACGGGGAUGCCACUGGUGUGGACGAGAACAUCCAGAGGAUCACUUUACCCAGCAUCAGCAGGCUGAGACAUUUCACCAACGACACUCUGCUGGACCUGUUUUUCUAUAACAGCCCCACCUACUGCCAGACCAUAGUGGACACAGUGGCCUCAGAGAUCAACAUGCUCCAUACCCUCUUUAAACAGAGACACUCGGAGUUCAAUGGGGCUGUUUCAGUGGUGGGCCAUAGCCUGGGUUCGCUGAUCCUGUUUGAUAUGUUAACCAAUCAGAGGACUGGAUCAGAAGCCAGAGGGGGGGUGUCCUCGUGUGAGCCCUUAAUUCUGAACUGUGACACCCUGCAGCAGACUCUGACCAGACUGGGCCUACAGCAGUACCUGGAUACACUUCAGGCAGAAAACCUAGACCUGGAGUCACUGGCUCUUUGCCAAGACGGUGAUCUCAAAGAUUUAGGAAUUCCUCUUGGACCUCGGUUGAAGAUUCUGAACUACGCCAAGAAGAAAUGUCUUUCAGAGACGGGGGCAGUACAUCUGUUAGAAGGGUUGCAAGUUCCACCUCAAGUGAACAGUGACCACGAUGGUAACCAGUCUUCAGGAUUCAUGCAGCGGUCCCAGUUCCACAGGGCGCAGUCUGUCACCAGUGCUGUAGACUACGAAUACUUUGAUGUCGGCAUCGGACAGGUAUCCAUUGAUUACCCACAGCUGGCUUUCCACCCGCAAACAUUUUUUGCUUUUGGCUCUCCUAUUGGAAUGUUCCUGACUGUUCGCGGACUCAAACACAUUGAUCCCAACUACACCUUCCCAACCUGCAAGAGCUUUUACAACAUCUACCAUCCAUAUGACCCUGUUGCCUAUCGGAUAGAGCCCAUGAUUGUAACCGAGGUGGACCUGGAGCCCAUGCUGAUCCCUCAUCAUAAAGGACGCAAGAGAAUGCACCUGGAAUUAAAGGAUAGCUUGACCCGUAUGAGCAUGGAUUUGAAGAACAAUGUUUUGGGAUCGUUACGGACAGCAUGGCAGUCGUUUUCAAGACUACCAGUUGCUGCACUGCCGCCGGUGGAUGAAGGAGACACUUCAAUAGAGAGGGACCUUCAAGAGGCACAGGCCUCAGCUGCAGUCACUUCUUCUGCUAAGAGGGAAGAGAAAAGUGCUGAUUUUUGGACUAAAAUACUGGAGUGGCCCAGGGCCCUUCAUAACCAUUACUUCCAAGGGGUGUGUGACGAGGCAGAGUCCUCAGUGUCAGCAGAGCAAACGGACCAGCCUGAGAUUAAAGUGGGGAUGUUGAAUGGAGGACGAAGGAUCGACUACGUACUUCAGGAAAAACCUAUCGAGAGCUUCAACGAGUACCUGUUUGCCAUCCAGUCUCAUCUGUGCUACUGGGAAUCUGAGGAUACUGCUCUCCUGCUGCUGAAGGAGAUCUACGACAAGCUAGGCAUCCCCAUUGAACAAUCCCAGCAGUAAUAAAGUUUUAUGGCAGUUGACUUGCUUUGUAGCAAUGACAGAAAGUGAAAUGAAGGACCGCUUUCAGAGCCUGAGGCCACACAAUCCUCUUCCAAGAUGCCUUACUGUCUGGGUGGCCCGGCCUCCCCUCCCAUGACGUUGAAGACCGAUUGGUUGCAGUCAGGUGAUCAGAUGGGACAGUGGGCCCUGAACUCUGAGUGCAGGACCGGGUUUGGUGUCUGAUAGUGGUUUCAAAUCCACCCAAACAUCACUGUCAUGCUCCUGGAAGAAUUUUUCUUUUGUGAGUUAUUUUUUAUUUGACUUUUACUUUGCACUUUUGCUUACCAACAGGUGUUGACAUAGUAUGCCUCAAGCUGCAGCUGAAUAGUAUUGAACCAAUAAUUAUCAUGAUAAACAGUAGACACACACAGUACUUUUUCAAAUAUGAAGAAACACAUCACGUCGCAUAUCAAGUAUAAUAUCGACCACGUUGGAUUACAAACUGGCCAUCCAAGCUGUUGUUUCUAUGUAUUUCACAAUAUAAAUAUAUAAAAAUAUCCCAGAAUAUAAUUAAAAUAGAUUAUAAUCUAUAAGAUUGUAUAUAAUUCCCAGCCCUAUGUAUAGCCUCCAAUAUUCAGAAAUGUAGAUCUAUAAUUAUAAUUAUAAGUGUUUCUUACAGGACAUCUCUAUUUAAACCUAAAGAUGUCUUGACCAAGGAAGCUCUCCCUGAGCCAAACGUUAACGUAAACGUUAGACCUUUAUGAAUAAGCCGGUCCGGUGGUUUCAUUUGGUUAACUACUAACUUUUUAGGUUCUGAAGGGAAAUGAAAGUUGAUAUUUUGUCUCCUGGCAGCUGAAAUUUCUUUGUCAACAUUUAGGCCACUUGAAACCCAGAGCUGCUACUCCUACAUGUGUGCAAUAUAACAAUAAUGUUCUUUUUCAUUUCACAGAUGUAACCCUGCACUGACACUGUCAUUUAAAAAGUGAAAUUGAUAUUGCCUUCUAAUAAUAUAUUUGUAUCCCGUGCUAUAUGUAUUUAAUUCUGAUCAUAUCUACACCUGUUUCUAAAAGAAGGGAUCCAAAUAAAGAUUUGGAACAUAAAAUAAGUUUUUGAUAGAUGCAGGUGCUUGACAGGACAGGCUGGUUGUCUUUCGUGUGUGUGUGUGUGUGUGUGUGUGUGUGUGUGUGUGUGUGUGUGUGCGCCAUUCCUCCACCAUGUGAAACUCAAAAGGUAUCUUGUAAUUCCUCUCAGCAGCAUACUUGUUGUCCUAAAUUAUGGUAUUGAUUUAAAUACUGUGUAGUAUCUCACAUUCUAAUUUCUGUACAAUCUAACGGCCAAAUGGUACAUGUUUGUCUUUGUAACAAGGUUAUGUAAAAACAUUUUCUGUAUUUUAAGCACUUUUUUGCUCUGUUGGAGCAGAUUUCUCAAAAUGUUUAGGUCCCACAAUGUUCAUAAUGAUCAUGAAUCCAGCAAUAAGAGAGCUUGAAAUCCUAUGCAUUUGAUAUAAAGAGCAUGAUACAGACUAUAUAGAAAUUAUGUUUCAAAGCACAUCAAUUUAUUUUAUAAAAACAAAUAUCAACAUAUCAAUGUUUAACUCACUGGCGGUAACAUCCGCAAUACAUGAAUUAAGCUUGUUCAUUUUGAUUCCUAGAAAUGCCUGAAUACUAAAUUAUAAUGUGGCCGUUUCUGUCUCUUUUGUUUAGGUGUCUAAACAGUAAAACAGAUAUUAUGCCUCUUCUCUCCUCCUAAAUGUGUGAGUCAAAUAAAUGCAGACAUUUAUUUAU